AUGGAUUUCUCCAAAAUUCAUAUUAUUAGGCAGAUUACAUGCUCUGAUGCGUCCUCGAUAUUUGAGGUAGAUCUGGAUGGACAAAAGUAUGCAUUGAAGGUUUUCCAUGACAACGGCGACCCUGGAUUUACCGAGAACGGCCGUGAUUUGAACCGAUUUCGCUGCGAAUUCAAUGCAUAUAAGAAGCUCCUCACCUCUGAUGUCUGCGCGCGCGGUUACGUUCCAAAAUUCUACGGCUGCAUCAAUCGAAUGGAUCCCGCAGCAUUCCAUCCUGCCUUGCAACAUUUUGCCCAAGACAAGCUACAGCCGAGAGCAAUAUUGCUAGAGUACCUUGAAAAUGCAAAGAGUUUAAACUGCGUGAACUACGCGGAUGCACUCUAUCCCCAGGCAAUCGAGGGCAUGAAGGAGAUACACAUUGCCGGCGUUCACCACCGAGACAUCUACCCCAAAAACCUUCUCCUCAUUCGUGGAAACCCUGAUAGGCUAGUCUGGAUUGACUUUGAUGUUGCGACGACCUUUACCGACUUUGGACCUGAACAGCUGACCCGGUGUGACCACGAAAUUGCGCUUGUGAAGGGGUUUGGGGGAAGCAUUGGUAAUGGCUCCGUUUCUCGCUAUGUUAGAAGCGUUUGGCUUGCUGGCUGA